AUGGUAUUGUUGACCCUCCCGGCUCGCACCGCGGUCCGCGGCUCGCGGCAGGGAUCUGCUGAACACUUCAACAGAAGCGCGAGGUUAUCAUGUCGUGACUCGUACGACAGCACUCCUUUUCUUGUUGACCUUUGCGCUCCACUAACGCUUUACAAAACGGCCGGAAACCUACUGCUAAAGGUGCCUAUUCCCGUGUCUUACUUUCUGAUCUUCUCGUCUGGAAUCCCACUGACUCCUGCGCUUUCAAUGGCACGCUUUUUGACGAUGACGACUUCUAAUGUAUCGUGCAAAUUGCUCGCUCUGCCUCGUGAGCUCAGAGACCUGAUCUAUCUCAACGUUAUCGAGCAAAGGUUCGAGAGGCCAACAAAGACAUGUCGAACCAUACCUCCUCCAGGCACAGACGGACAGCUCUACCUCUGGACUGAAGAAUGUACGGGAGAGACUCUGCAAUUGACCAAGCACCUUGCUCGAAGUCAUAGAAUACGCUUCGAGCUUGAUAUCCUCGCAAAAGGCUAUAUCUACACUCCAAAGUGGACUCUCCUGAACUAUAGUCUGCAGCCGGGCUCGCCUCUCGAUUUGCAUGUCAAUCUACGCAUUCUCAGCACAGAGGCGUUUCGGCGCAACGGCGGCUGGCCACGACAACCAGGCCAUGCAUUUCGAACACUACUCAACUUCCUAUCUCGCUUCAUCUUCAAUGGCCCCAGUUUCUUGCAUCAUGACCCGGCCUUCUCGACCCCAGGCCCACACUAUAUUCACAAGCUGUCACUUCGAAUAACGUUCCAGGACGAUUAUACUAGGGCCACGCAUGCUGAAACUGUGCACGAGAUUUUUCGAAUGAUGAAAGCGCUUUCCAUGCUGGACACUGUGACACAGUAUAUUGGGAACCUAGUAGUGACCGCGGACUGGACUGUUCGAGGCGAAGAUUUCCAUCGUGAGAGAACAUGGAAUCUGAGUACUGCAUGUCACGAUGCAGAUGGCAUGCUCGACGAGGACGAAUGGGCUUCCGCGGGUUUCCUGUUUGGUAAAGCGUGGGCGAGAAAGUACCGCUGGACGGGCGAUAAAUCGAAGACGCAUCUGCUUCAUGACUAUAAUUGA